AGCACCAGUCGCUUGCCCCUUGGGCACAUAUAAUGAUCUCUUGGAACAAGUCGAAUGUGUCCCAUGUGCUGCUGGUGAUUAUACACCGAGAGAUGGGUUGACAUCAUGUGAAGUAUGUCCAGCUGGACACUACUGUUUAGACCCUGCUGAACAACCAAAACAAUGCCAACCAGGUACGUUUAGUCUUACUAAACAAACUACAUGCACACCAUGUACAGAUGGUUUCUAUACAACACAAAAUGGUUCGAGUUUUUGCCAUAUUUGUCCACAAGCUCACUAUUGUAGUGAUCCUACAAAAGCUCCGAUUCCAUGUCCAGCUGGUAGAGCCAACAACCUACGCGGACAAACGGGAUGCGCACCAUGUGAAGCGGGUAAAUUCAGUGCUCAGUUAGGUGCAGCUGUUUGUGAUGUUUGCCCGGCGGGUUCAUAUUGUCAAGAUGCAGCCGUACGACCAAAAUUAUGCCGGGCCGGUACAUACAGUGGCUCUGGACAAACCAUCUGCACAGACUGUUCAGUGGGUUAUCAGAUAACAAGUCUAGGUGCUACGUAUUGUGAUAUUUGUGGUCCAGGCCACUACUGUCCACAUGCAGCCGCCCCACAAGAAUUAUGUCCAGCGGGAACGGCUAAUGAUAAACUAGGCAAGGUGACGUGUGACAUAUGUCCACCGGGAUCAUACACCGAUUUUACCGGUGCAGCCUACUGCAUUCUCUGUCCAGCCGGGCAAAUCUGUCCGAAUCCAGCUGAAAGUCCGACCGACUGUCCAAUUAGUCCGUUUCGUGGUGCAACAGUAUGUGUUG